AUGCUUUCCCCUUGUGGAGGUCCGGUGCCGCUGAGGGUGGGGUUAGGUCCAGUGCUACUGCUUCUGGUGCCCCCGGCAGUGCUGCUGUCGCCGGCGCUCCUUCCACGGCCGUGGCCGUGGCCCGCUGCCAUCAUCCACCGUCCUUCUGGGCUUGGGGCCGCUGGGGGGUCCCAGAGGGUUAACUCCUGCAGGCCCCCCCUCUGCUGCGCCAGAGCAGUGACCCCUGUCUCUCUGGAUGGCAUCGAAAUCCAUCGGGCUCAAGAAUCUGGUCAGUCGCCCCUGUACUCCCGUCACCUGCCCACUGUGGCCUGGGCGGGUGCUUGUUGCCGCCCCGUCUCCCCUUUGCUGCUGGGCGAGUGCUGCUCGCGGGGGUGGCUGGGGCAUCAGGAAAGGUUCCCCUUCCAGAGGGGUCUUCCUAAUCGCUUGAAGGGUGCCCUUCUGGUGGCACGCCUCCGAUGGCUCCCCGUAUUCAAACGGGAGUUCUCGCGGAAGGCCGCGAUUGCUGGUAAGCUCCAGCCUCCACGUGUCGGCCAUCGUCGUGGGGGCCAGGAGCGAGAAUUCUGUCACGUCCUGGGGACUGGGGUCUGCCCGGUCUGCCCGGGUGAGGAAGUCGGCCGUGCCCUGACAGCUGAGGCCGACCGGGACGCCUCUCACCUCCCACACAAUGGGCUUAGCCUGUUGCUGGUUCUUCACCAGCAGCUCCACUUCCAUCGGCUCCAUGUUCGGGGUCAAUUGCACCCCAGCUAUGUGGUGGAGAACAACCGCACCGCCUUCGAAAACAUCACCGAGGCCAACAUCAUGUCGUACUACCUGCCCUUGUCCACAUUUCUCCGGGGAGGACACCAAAAUUGCGAUGUGUACGUUAUUGGGUCGUACGACGAAAGCUUUAACGACCCUGACGUCCAGGAAUUUAUCGCCAGUUUCGUCGCCAUGGGCAAGGGCAUCAUCGUGGUGGGCCCCGAUCUCAUGCCCAGCAGAUUCUACGCGCCGGAUACUCCUGCCGUACCUGCCGUACCGAAGCCGCCGGCAGCGCAGGGGGCCGCACAGCCGCAAACACAACCAGAUAACAGUGGCCAUAUGGGCGGUGGGGCAUGGGGGAGGCGAUCACUAAUUGGCCGUUAUGACGGCUCUACGAGCAACCUGCUGGGCGCGGGAGCCCCGACCAAGGAGACGACUAAGCAAAUGUGGGAGGCGGAAGGCGCCGAUGCCGUUGGAAGUGGCUACGUGAUUGUACGGCGGUCGUUGCAGACGGGUACCACUAACCUGGCGGUAAACACCCUCGCCGCAAAACUACAGUUUGCCAUCUCCAACAUUAUCAACGACCCAGGCGGCAAACUUUUGCUGUCGGGUUCGCCAGCUGGAAACGGCCUUGUAGCCGCCCAGAUUUAUCUCUCCUAUCUGCUGGGCCAGAGGAACCUAACGUACAACGAACGAACCGAUAUUCGCGAGACAGUUAGCCAGGUUAAGCUAUCCAUUCCCGCUGGCACCACCACAGCGGACAAUUUGCUUCAAUUGCUGUCUGAUAUUGAGGCAGAAGAGAAGAAGUGGCCAAUGUUUCCACCGUUUAUACGCCUGAAGCCGCCGUCGCCGCCGCCACAGUACUUUUCACCGCCGCCGAGGGCGCCGCCUCUGUACAUAUCGCCGCCGCCGGCGCCUGCCAACCUACCUCCCAACGUAUCCUACAUUGGCUGCUAUUGCGAAUUUCGGGAUAAUCGCAAAAUAGGCAUUCCGCUGGUGUCGAGUCGCCCUGGACUUACCGUCAACAUGUGCUGGAACGUGUCCACAUCCGCGCCCAACAACGCCAAGGCCGGCUACCUCCUUGGCUUGCAGCUCACCAACUGUUAUGGCACCCCGCUGCCGCCCGCGGGCAUCCUAUCCUCAAGAUUGCCGGACAUAGCUUGCGAUAAGACCUGUAAAAACCAACCAGGACAGGCCUGCGGCGGCUUCGGAAUUCCCGGCCUGCUGCCGGAAGGUGCCGACCCCAUCUCCGUGUACAUGCUGGUAUAGCGCUAAUGGGCAAUUAUGUUUCUACACCCGGUACUUGUAUUUGUUAUAAAGGAAAAUAAAAUUGCAAGUACAUUUGGAUUCAGAUUUAUAGAAGAUCAGGAGCAUGUAAGGAUGGAUCCUGCUGAUGACUUUUGAUGUAAGCGGAACCUUGAAGAAUGGUGCGGUAGAAGAUAUUUGUGAGUACUUGUAGGCAUAUGCAAAUUAUUCAUAUUGGGUCGGAUCGGUUUUGUUUCUUCCCGCGCGAAACCAUCUGAUCGAGACGCAACACACGAAUGAUAUUUUUCUUUUCAUGGUUGCGUGGCCCGAUGGAGACUUAGUCAAGCAUGAGGUUUCCUGUUGAUCAUCGUGGGAGGCGGGCCAUGAGCUCUGUCUGAAUUGGUUUAGACUUCGUCUUGGACUUCCUUAGACUUCCUAUCGACCUGUCUCAGAAGACUUGUCUUCCCUCGCUGUACAUGCAAGAAGCGCAGCUGCUGAGACAACUCCAUAUCCUCUACGGAAUAUAGCAGGUACAGAGCAGAAGGCAGGUGAGCAGGUGAGCAGGUGCAUACACCGGAGGCCGCUCAUUGCAUCCCUGCCUGAACCCCCUCCUCAUCUACCGCCAACAGGCGAUACCUCAAAUACGACUUGUUAACUGCGUGUUAUUUCAUGCCACGGCAUACGCACAUGCAUAUAUGUAAGUGUGUGCCGAAACUUAAACUUCGUUGCAGUAUUGUGCGUGCGUGCGUGCGUACAGUUUUAAUCGACUGUGAGUGUUGGGCAUUUUGACGGUGUUGGGCAUUUCGACGUUUCGCAAAGCGCCAUAUGACCUCUAGCACGCAUUUAGACAUCUAAAAAAUAUUUCUUUCGUUACUUGUAACAUAACUAACGUU